UAGGGUUGUGCAAACUAGACAGAAACCAUGAAGUGUGUCACUGUCAUAUUAUACACAGUGAUUAGCAUUCAGUGUUGCUACUGCAGACAUGAACAGUCGGGUGAUAAUUGCUUUAGCCAUGCUGUGUUCCCUGCUCACCUCAAAGAACUCAGAAGCUCAUAUCGGAAGAUAAGGACUUAUUUUCAAAGAAAAGAUGACAAUUUGCACAUAACUUUACUGGGAGGCAGACUUCACCAUGGAUUCAAGGGACGUGAAGGAUGUCAGUUUUUGAAGGAAAUGCUGAAUUUUUACCUCAGGGAUGUAAUCCCAGCCGCCAAGACUCAUCAGCAAGUAAUCAAUAAUAACAUCAGUAAAAUUGGGAACAUCCUGUCUGAGCUGAAGGAGAAUGUUCAAAAUUGUCAUAAGUUCUUCAACUGUGACCUGUGCAACUGCAGACCUAGCCCAUACAUUGAGAAAAUCUAUAAACUAUAUGAGAUGUUGCAGGAUAAAGGUGUGUACAAAGCCAUAGGAGAACUCAACAUCUUUUUUGACUGGCUUCAGAAAUACAUAACAAUGAAAAUGAACUGAAAAGCAGCAGAACUGACUUGGAUGAACCAACACUUCCUGAGUUAACAAAGUCACUAGUAUUUAAAGAGAUACUUAUAUUUAGACUUGGCGGUUUCAGAAUUUCUUUUAAUUCAGUAAAUCAUUGAGAAAUUGUGAUGUUCUAUGCUCCCAACAUUUGCUGUCACUUCUUAAAGUGAAAAUAAUGGUCUUAUAGUUCUCCCAGCAUUUAGUCUAUUUGAGACAGUGGGUUGGUUAUGCCACUCUGUAACCAGCUGCUAGAAUUUCAUAGAAGUGAAUUUUCAUCGUGUGCCUACCAAUUUGUCCUGUUUUCUCUUGCAAACAUUUUAGUUCUAUGCUCAGUUGACUCUUAAUUGAUUUAUCAGUGAUUAAUUUAAAAAAAACCCUGUUGCUGAAAGUCCACAAUAAUCCAACAGAUUCUUAGCAGUGUCUAAAAAUAUUUCCCUUCACUGCAUAUUAUUAAAAUUCAUCCUGAGACUGCCCACUCUAAAUGUAAAUUUUAUAUGAAUGAAUUUCAUUCAAUUAUUCUUUUUUAAUUCAAUGAUUAAAAAAAACU